AUGAACUACCUCAGCUCUCCCAAACCUUCGACCACCCAUCAUGCCAUUUACACAAACAUGUGGGAUAUUGCGAACCGGCGCGCGAUUGUUCCAGCUGACAGUGACUACCGGCUCACAUUGACCACUAUUCAGGACUUGGCAAGGGUCGUGGAUGAGGCGCUUGGUUUUGAAGGUGAGUGGCCAGUGGUCGGUGGUAUUACUGGGUCAUCAACAACAAGCUCCGAGAUCAUACGCAUCGCAGAGUCCAUCAGAGGACCUUUUGUCGUCGAGCGGGUUUCCAAAGAAAAUAUCGAGGCGGGAAAGUUGGCAACAUCCUGGAUCCCUAUGCUUCCAGAGUUCCCACACCUGAACUUUGACAUGGAUUGGGCAGUAUUCUCCGAGCAAGUGAUCGCAGAGAUAAUGAAGGGGGGCCUACAAGGAGCAUGGGAUGUUUCUGACGAAUGGAACAAGCUACUUCCGGAUCUCAAGCUUACCACAUUAGGCGAGUUUUUGACACGGUAUUGGGGAUCCCCGAGCUGA